CUAGGGUUCUGGUAUAUUUAAUCACCCUCCUCUCUCCUUCUCUCUCGAUUCCUAUUCAGAUACCGUCCGUAGCUCAGGCGACGAGCCGCUCUUGCGAUCAGUCAGAAGCGCCUCUCUGCGCUCUGGCCCCAGAUAGCGCAGCUAUGUACAGGGUCAUGCUCGAGAGUGUUCUGACAAUCCUGCUGAUUUUUACACGGCCCGAGCUUGUUCUUGGAACGGACGAGGCCGAUUUACCGGAAAACCACCACGAACGGGAUAAACUAACCAACCAGCAAAAAGCACGUCUCUCGUUGCAGAAUACAGCUGAAAUCCAGCACUGUCUGGUGAACACUGGCGACGUUGGCUGUGGAGUUUUUGAAUGUUUUGAAAACAACUCCUGCGAAAUCCAUGGACCACAUGACAUAUGUUUGGCAUUCCUGCACAACGCUGGGAAAUUUGAUGCGCAGGGAAAAUCUUUCAUUAAAGAUACUCUGAAGUGCAUGGCUCAUGGACUAAGAGUAAAAUUUAGCUGCAUCAGCCGCAAGUGCUCCACUAUCCAGGAGAUGGUGUCUCAGCUGCAGCAAGAAUGCUACCUUAAGCAUGACCUCUGUUCCACUGCCAAGGAGAACAUUAAUGUGGUCGUGGAAAUGAUUCACAUUCGACAUUUGCUUUCAAAAGGGUCAUACCUGGAGUUUAUAAAAGCUCUGUUUCAUUGUCAUGAAGACAUUAUGGAAGCUGUCAAGAAAAGUGUGAGAUCUCGAUUUGGUCAGAGUCUUGCAUUCUUAAGGCAAAUUUUGCAAGAGGAUUCCUGCUCUUCCAUCAAACAGACUGAUCAAGUCACUCCAACAACUGCAGUUCCGGACAAAAAAAAGGGAGAAAACCGCAAGGGCCACAAAGGUAGUGCAGAUAUAAACUAUCUUGAGCACGACAGGGAGAAUGCUAGGAGCCCAAAAGGAGAAAAGGAAAAAAGUGGAAAAAUUCACCCGAAUGCCCAUUCACGUAACCGAGGUGCCGGCCAGACCUCACGGCGAAUAACUGAGGAACAUGCUCACGCUGGUGAUCCCAUUGAGUUAUCAGACAUCAGAAGGUGAACGCUCCUUAGAGAUGAGGACUUUCCAUGCACCCAUUUCCUUAUUACGGACAUUCCAAUGCACAUAUCCUAAAAUGGUACGUGUUACAUACAAGAUAUUCUGGGAACUGUAGUUCAACUCGGCAAUCAGUUUCUUUACUUACACUUACAAUAAAAGAACAUGACAAUUCCUAGAAUGCAGUCCAGCAUAUAUCCCUGUACUUGAAACUAAACAUUAUAUCAAUUGUCUCACUCAACAAAUCACCUCAGCAUACAUGGGAGUUUCCUUUAUAAAACAAAAUCUUACAAACAAUAAAACAAACACCUUACUUCAGGACAGAAUCUUUAUUAUUAGAUAUUUCUUGGGUAAUUUUGUAAAAGGUAAAGCUUUUGCGAAGGUCUACAUGUUCAUCUACUGAUCACAUUUAUUCUAUUUUGUAAAUAUUUAACAUUACUAUUUAUUAUAGUUUCUGUAUCAACUAUGUACCUGUUGGAUAAGGUAAAUUAAACUAUUUCCUGUGUUGUACAUAUUCAUACCACUAGUAAGUUUUCCUAUGCAACAUAUUGUAAUUUUAUAUCAUUCUAUAAUUUUAUUGGUAGUCAUUAAUUCAUUAUUUAUUAAACACCUUAUUCAAGCCUAACAAAAAACAUUGAUAGUUUUAAAUAGAAUACCAUUAAAUCCUGUUGUAAUCUACUAAUUAUUUAGUCUGUCUUUUCUGUCUUAGAAGUAUGAUUCUGGCAAAUUCAUAACAAUCCUUAGUAAAUUAGGUAAAAUAAAAUAUAUAUUCUGCAGCAUUAAGUGAACUAUUUCUUACUGUCACAAGAGUUUUAUUGUAUGCUUAAAUGCACACGUCAAUUUAUUUUAAUGUGCAUUGCAAAAUCAUCUAGAAAUAUUCUUCCCCUGAUCACAAAUUUAUAGAGUUUUUUUAUUUUCUGUUUAAUUGAUAUGGGCUGUUAAUAUUAUUCACCACAAUCUGUCAAGUUCUGCCAAAUGGCUUUUUUCUCUCCUACCAUGAACGAGUAUUGAACAAUAACCAAUUUUGAACAAUUAGAUCACGUGAGUGAUUGCAACCCGUAACUACCAUAUCUACAUAUUAUUUCACAUAUAUGUAAGAAUCACCCAAUUGUGCCAUUUUAGGAUAUUUUUGACAGUGGUUCCCAUGGCAAAGACAGUGCAACUGAUUAGCACAACAAUAAAAUAGUGCCCUUGUUUGGCUAUUUAUCCAAUUUUCUUGAUGCGCUGUUCAAAAUGUAGAUCAUGAUAGAAUAUUAAUUGUAAAGCUCAAAACUCACAUAUAUUACUGCUCUAAAGUCUGCUAGUAGUGACUAAUUUAAAACUGUAAUAAAACUUUUGUACUUUUCAUACAUUAAAAUAUGUAAACCCCAAAGUCGGCAAAACAGGAACAACUUUAUCACUCUCAUUUGAUUAGAGUGUAGUCUGCUACCUCACAAUAUUGCUUCAUUAUUAUAUACACACCUGAACACCUAAAUCAUACCUUAUAAUCUCACUGUAAAAUGAAUACGCUAUUGUCCUCUAUUACAGUAUUAGCUCUUUCAUUUGAAGAUGUGAGAAAUGCUUUAUUAAUUUUAGUCUUUGACAAAUAUUUUUGCUUAAUUUGGAAUGUUUCCUGCAUGCCUCUUUACAAUUGUCCUUUUAGUUUACUGCUGUUUAGUGAAAAAUAUCUUUGUGAACAAUACAUUGUAAAGAGAAAACAAUAAAUGUAAAAUUGCAAUUGAAAGUACUUAUGCACUCAGCAAGUAAUAAAUAUAAACAUCACAUAUAAUGAAAAA